AUGACAUCGGAACAAACUACGGAAAUGUGGGACGAACUGCCUGAUCGAAUCGCGGAGACCUUUACAGACCAGACAGUUUUCAUAACAGGAGGGACCGGCUUCGUGGGAAAGGUCCUGAUUGAAAAGCUUUUGAGAAAAUGCCCCAAAAUUCGCGAAAUAGUCAUUCUUAUACGAAACAAGAAAGGGAAAUGUCCACAGGAGCGUUUACAACUAAUUUUUAAUGAGCCUCUCUUUGCUAAGGUGGCUGCAUUGCGAGGUGGCGUCGACAAGCUCCUGUGCAAAAUGCGCAUCAUUGGUGGGGAUGUGAGCGAACCGGACCUCGCUAUAUCAGCCAGUUGCCGCCAAUACAUUGUCGACAAUGUGGACAUCAUAGUGCACGCUGCUGCUACAGUAAGAUUCGACGAGGCGUUGAAGAAAGCCAUACAGUUAAACGUUCGUAGCACCAAACUUAUCUUGGACUUAGCAAAGCAAUCCAAAAAACUAAAGUUGUUCAUCCACAUAUCGACUGCCUAUUGCCACCUCCACGAGAAGCUGCUGGAAGAGAGACCUUACGACCCGCCAGCUGACCCGCACAAAGUUGUCGCCGCUGCGGAGAUCUUCGAUACUGAAACCAUGGAGAAUAUUGCGCCUAAACUACUUAACAACCUGCCGAAUUCGUAUGCGUUCACAAAGGCGCUCGCUGAAGGACUGGCUGUAGAAGCUAUGAAACAGAUCCCUGUAAUGAUCGUUAGACCUUCCAUUGAAGACUUUCUUCGGAAUAUAUCUCACAAUGAUGAAGGCGCAACUAAUGAUAAUUUCCGUGAUCUUGCCAUAAAUAUGUGCUUAUUAGCUCUUCAGGAAGACAUAACAGCAGUAGGCGGUAAAUCACUGUGUGAAUAUGGUUUGCCAACACGAACCUCAGUCGGAGAGGUUACCAAUAGUGACAAGGAAACGUUGAUUUACAACUUCACGAGCUCAGCUGAAGUGAAAAUUACGUGGACGGAGCUGAUUGAGAUCGGCAAGGAAAUCAUAUUAAAUAGAGUGCCCCUUAAUGGAGUUGUAUGGUACCCUGGCGGUUCGAUGAAACACUCCAGACUGUCACACAAUAUCUGCGCGAUAUUAUUUCACUGGAUACCCGCAAUUUUAAUCGACACUUUGCUCUACAUUCUGAGAUUUGAACCAGUUCUAAUGCGAGUUCACCGUCGCAUCAGUAAAGGGUUCGAUGUAUUCGAGUACUAUACAAACAACCAGUGGGACUUCCAGUCGGAUGCUUGUCAGCGACUGCGUGUGCAUCUUAACGCGAGGGAAAAAGAGGACUACAAAAUCGACGCCGAUGGUGUGGAUAUUCCCAAUUACUUUGAAGACUGCGUGCGAGCCGCACGUGUCUACAUACUCAAAGAAACUGACGACACAAUACCAGCGGCGAAACGGCACAUGAAAAUAAUGCGAGCUGUCGAUCUCACAGUUCGAUACGUUUUCAUCGGUUUCAUCUUGUGGAUUCUGUCGAGAUGGGCUCUACAAUUUUAA